CGGCUCUGGAAGGUUUUGUCAUCUUCUGGUGGCUAUUAUUUUUGGACAGGGAAUUCUUUGAAUUGGAGGGUGAAUUAAAAGGAAAAAGGUGGAAGGAAGCAAUUUGGUGGGGAAUUAUGUGGACUAGGGAAUUAAAGGGAUUGGAAGGGAAUUUCAUUAAAGGAGAAAAAAGAGAAGCAGAAGGCAAAGGUUUUGGACAGAACUAAAGGAGAGAGAGGCGGCCCUUUAUUUUGGGGGAAUUUAUUAUUGAGAGAGGGAGGCGACAGGUGGAGGUAGCUGGGAACGAAAGGAAUAAAAGGAGGCGGAACGUUUGAUUUUUGGGGGGAUCGGGCGGAAUUCCUGGUGAGAAAGAAAGCAAACAGCGGCAGCGAGCUAGCGAGCAGGCGAUUGAGCGAUCGGCUUCUCUAAGGUUUGAGCUGAGUUCAACGAGAGCGAUUAGUUGGUUGGAUUUUCUAAACCUAAUUAGUUGUUUCUUGUUGUUUUAGAACAUGAUGAACAAAACCCUAUCGAUUUAUCUUAAUUUCGUCAUGAACUAAACCCCAAUUUCUGGGGGAAACACCAUAGGAUGUAGCUAUUUCUUGAUUUGAUGGAUUGAUUUAUGAUUCUUUUCUUCCAAUCUCUAUUGCAUGAAAUUGCUUAAUGCUUUGUGUUGACUGGCCACCAAUACAUCGAUUUGUAGUUAAUUAGGUUAUUAGCGACAGUGAAACCCUAAUAACUGAACAUGUUUCAUGUGACAUAGUAACUUAUCGAAGCGACAGUGGAUUAAAUAAGGUGCUAUGCGGUCUUAAAUAGGAUAUCGAUCUUCAGACUAUAUAGUUAAUUCAUUGAGCUACGACAGUAGGAUUUGAAUUGAUUAUUUAGUACGUAGUAAUUCCCGACAGGGAUAGCUAGCACAUUCGUGAUAUCCUGGCUGUAGAGAUAUGGAUUAAAUUGAUUGGAACAUGUGAAUUAAUCUGGAUAGGAUAGGUAGUGAAUCCCGGUGUUUCUCCCAGAGCUUUCUCCCAUUGAAUUUCUUCUGACAAAUUUACUUUGCUUAAUUAGUUUAGUUAAUUUUGCUAUUAGUUAAUAAUUUCAUCUCUUAAACAUUUUCACAUAUAGUUUGCUCUAUAAAAUUGAUAGAUCUUAAGGUUGUACCAGUCCCUGAGAGACGAUACCCGGACUUUCCGGUUUACUACAAGAUAGGAAUUGAAGCUAUACGCUUUUGCCCUAUCAAGUUUUUGGCGCCGUUGCCGGGGACUGCCAUACCUUAUUUUUGUUGAUUUUUGUGAGUGAACUGUUUUGAUCUGGGUGUUAGUGUGCAGGUGAAACUGGCAAUUUACUGUCACUAGAUCCCGAGAUUGAGAGGACCUGCCGACAGAACAGGAAGCAGGUCAAGUUAGGGAAGCAGCCUACCACAUCCACAACUCCUAGGCCUUCCCUAACUCAGAAUCGUCAACCGAGAAGGCAGGUGACACCACUUGUCAUCCCUACACCACCUACACCACCGCCGCGCGUCAUCGAGCCUGUCAUCAUGGCUGAACAGGAUCGUUCGAUCAGGGCUCGUCUGAAUCGGAGGACUGGAGCCCGAGCUUCAUGUGUUGUCAUUCCGGCUGGGGAUGCAAACAUGGAGAUUACCCCAGCCUUCAUCAAUAUGAUCACUAAUGGGUACACCUUCUCCGGGGCCAGCACCGAGGAUCCUCAUGAACAUCUCCGCCGGUUUGCAAACAUUUGUGACACAAUGAAGAGCCCGGCUGUGUCUGAUGAUGCCAUCCGUCUUCGGAUGUUCUCAUUUUCUCUGCUUGGGAAUGCAUCACACUGGUUCCAGAACUUGACACCCCGUUCCAUUACAACAUGGGGUCAGCUUGAGAAGACCUUUUUGGAUAAGUACUUUCCUCCUGCCAAGGCAAUGAAGAGGCAAGAGGAAAUUGUAACUUUUAAACAAGCUGAGGAUGAAAGUCUGACCGAGGCAUGGGAGCGCUAUAAGGAGCUUCUAAUGAGAUGCCCGAGCCACGGUCUUGAAGAUUGGAACGUGAUCUCCAUUUUCUUCAACGGAAUCAGAAGACAAUACCGAGAUGCUCUGAAUAAUGCUUCCCGAAAUGGUUUCACAAGAAUGGAAGCACUAGAAGCAUAUGAACUGGUGGAGAAGAUAUGCUCUGAAGAUACUGAAUGGGGGAUUGAGACCGGCAUUCGAAGGAGAGGAGACUUGCAUGAGAUAGACAGAGUUGCAAGCUUAGAAGCAAAGAUUGAUGCUAAGUUGGAUUCCAAGUUCGAUGCACUCGAACGAAGGCUGGCUAAGUUGGCUCUUGGUAGACAAGAGGAGGUUGCUUUUUGUGAAUUAUGUGAAGGUGCUCAUCAUAGGGAUCUAUGUCCACUGGUGUCUGAUCAGUUGGAAAAUGUGCACUAUAUCAACAAUCAGCAAAAUCAAGGCCAGGGUGGUAUGUAUUCAAAUACCUACAACCCGCAAUGGAGGAAGCAUCCUAACUUUUCCUGGGCAAACAACAACCCAACUGGUGUUCGAAACAUCCCACCUCCUGGUUUUCAACAGCAGCAGCCUCAACCAGAGAAGAAGCCUCAGCUGGAGGAGUUGAUUUUGGCUCAUAUGCAGAAAACAAACAAUAAUUUCAAGGGCCUGGAUCAAUUUGUCACUCAACAGCUAGCCAUCAACAAUAAUUUACAAUCGUCUAUGCUAGCUAUGGAGAGGCAGAUGGGACAGAUGGCUCAAACUUUGACAGAUAUGCAAGGCAGGAUUCCUGGGACAUUACCAGCAAAUACUGAGAGGAAUCCGAAGGAUGCCAUGGUUGUAGCAGUGACAUUGAGGAGUGGAAAGGCCUUGGAAGACCCUAGCAGCUCGAAAAAGGCACCAGAGGCAGAAGAGGAAGCACCGGAAGAAAGAUCUAGUGUAGAAAAUGAAGAAUCAACCUUGCACAGGCAAAAUGAAAGCGGUUUGCCUGUGCAAAAGCAUGCUGCCCGUGUACCUCAAAAAGUGGAAAAAUUGAAGAAUGAAGAGGUAAAGCCUUAUGAACCUCCCGCACCAUUCCCUCAAAGGUUAAUGAAGCCCAUGGAAGACCCAAACUUCAAGAAAUUUGUGAAUAUCUUCAAGCAACUUCAGAUUAACAUACCGUUGGCGGAGGCACUUGAACAGAUGCCUACAUAUGCUAAAUUUUUAAAGGAGUUGCUGACUAAGAAGCGCAAAUGGGCUGAUCUGGAGAAGGUAACCCUUACUUCUGAAUGUAGUGCUGUGAUUCAGAAUAAAUUACCAGAAAAGAGGGAUGAUCCAGGAAGCUUCACCAUUCCAUGUGUCAUUGGAGGUAGAGAGUUCGAUAAAUCAAUUUGUGAUCUUGGAGCAGGAAUUAAUUUGAUGCCAUACUCAGUCUACAAGAAAUUGGGAUUGGGAGAUGUUCUUAAACCUACUCGGAUCACACUCCAAUUGGCUGAUCGAUCAGGUGCUAAGCACAAAAUAUGCACAACCCUUAGAUUGCUAAGAAUGAGCAUGCACAAUCACCAUAAAAACACCUAUAAUACUCAAAUUGAUGCAAAUCCACACUUAAUCAUUCAAUAUAAACAAGUAAUUACAAAGUAUUAGUUAGGGAUCUACACCACCCAAGAGAAAAGAGUGAGUUUCUAGAGAGAGAGAGAGAGGGGGGGAUUACAAAUUUGAGCUCAGGAUCUUCUUCUUCUUCUAGGCAUGAAUCUUCCACCCAAGCCUCCAAUGAUGCUCCAAGAUCACUCUAGCACUCUCUCUCUCACUAGAACUCCCCUUUGGUGUUUAGGUUGAAACCCUAGAGAAAGAAAGUGUUUCUUCUCCAAAAACCAGCUCCAUUUCUCUCUCCCCGCUGCUGUCUUCAUAUUUGCCCGAAAGUGACAAGUUCACGGACGCAUGGGCCAGUUCACGGCUGUGAACACCUAAACGAGUCCGUGAACUCAGCGUUGUCCAAAACGCACAGCUUCACUGUCCUAGUUUCACGAUCAAUGGCCACAGUUCAUGGUCUUAGAGAGCUAAGACCGUGAACAGCCUUGUCGUCAGUAACUUCAGGACCUCGUUGGACGCCUCGGUGUUCACGGUUUGUGGUCGAAGUUCAUGGUCAUAGGAUAGCGUGAACUGUCUCGUCCGGCUGUGAACUGCGGCCGUUUCAUGGAAUUUUUCUUCAGUUUUUUCGCUUUUUGACCUCCAAAUAUCCCAAAACUCGUCCUUGACCCUUCCACACAUGCUAGGACUUGAAAUGUAUCAUAACAAGCACAACCUAGCGUUAAAUAUGUUGAGGAACUAUGAAAUGCUAAGCUAAACGAAUAAGAAAUGAGGGGCAAAAUGUGUACAUUUGGGCCCGAAUCACUCCCCCACACUAAGACGUUUGCUUGUCCCCUAGCAAACCAAGUACAAAACAAGGUAAGCUUACAACUUCUUUUUCAACACAAUUUUUGGGGCAUGUCAUAGGGCACUAGACGAAUGAAUCACAAUGGUUAUUUGGAACCGACCUAUGGACAAAAACAAAGUAAUCUUGGCAAC